AUGACAAAGCAGGUACAUAUCUGUGAUGGGACCGACGAGGAUUAUCGCAAAGUUAUUAAACACGCAAAUAAAUGUGAAGGAUGGAUUAUGGCUGAGGAUGAAUUUGAGCUAAUGUCUAAUUACCUUGGACGUGACAAGCUGCGGUUUAAAGUUGCAAAAACUGAAGACGGUGAUGUUGUCGGCUGUUGCUUGUUGUAUAUGUUUCCAAAUGCUCCAUUUGUGACUUAUUAUUUUGUUCAUCCAGACUUCAGAAAACGCGGCAUUGGAAAACAACUGUUUGAUGGAGCUGUGGCAGAAACGAUUAGCAACUAUAAUGUUGGCCUACAUGGCUCGCUUCUAAUGACCCAACGUUAUGAUAAAGUGUAUGGCUUCAACAAAUAUCCUUCCUGGGUUAGCGACCAACUAGAAGUUCGAAAUAUCGACAUGUCAAAGUUAACAAACUCUACAGACGACUUAGUGGUAAAAGACUUGUCUGAAGUUGACGUAAAUUCUGUUUGUCGUUAUGAUGCCGGAAUUGCAAAGUGGGACAGAGAAGAAUACUUAAAAAAAUUUUUGUUUAAGAAUCGGACUUGCAAGGUAAUAUUAAACAAAAAAGGCGAAAUUGUUGGUUACGGUCGACUAACAGUGUCAAUUGUCAAUUCUCCAAUUGUUGGUCCCAUAUACAGCGAUACAACUGAGGGAUUUCUGCUCUUGUUCAGUGAACUGGUCAGAAGUUAUGCCAAAAAUAUCGUGAAGGAUGUUCCGUUUUUACUUCGUAUACCGUCAACGAAAACACCGAUGAUAACGGAGUUAAUGCAGAAACUUGGAGAAAUAAAAAAGUUACCCAACUGUGUUCCUCAAUAUACUCGAAUGGUACCUGAACAUGAUCUGAACAGGAUUUAUUUGCUGAUUGACUUGAACUGCUUUAUUUAA